AGCCAAUGCGCGGUCGGGUGUACGAAAGACAGAAUUAUGAAUGGUAUUAAAUGGAACUCUACGCUACAUUACUAUCAUCAUAGGACUAAUACCCGAGAUGUGAACUCUAAUUAAUAUUCUCUCUCAACAACCAAACAUCGUCAAUGAAAAUUUUUGAGGAUGGAUUUAUUUUCAUAUUGGAAUUUAAUCGUCAGUACACACCUUUUAAAUAUGAAAAAAAUGUGAGUUGAUUUUCUUAUUCUACUGAUGUCAGGAGGAAAACUGAUUUCACUUUCUGUGCGAUAUGUGCUAAAUAUAUCAGAAAUGAAAAGGUGAAUAUUUACCACGAUUGUUUUUUAUUCUUAUGGAUUUCUAUAAUUUGUGAAGAAAAAAGUCUAGUUUGCUGAAUAAGUUUCAUACCACGAUGAAAUAUGAUCUCAUAUACAAACGCAUUAUUGUUUACUCUGCUGCUUAAAUAUCUACCCGACACUAGAGAUUUGCUGAUCAGAUAUGAGGCUCAACAGAUCCCAACUGAAUGGAUUAAUAUUAACAUAUCUAACAUUGUUUGAGAUCGUAUAUUUGACACAGGGCUGCAUUUUGUUGCUAAAUGGUUGGGCUCCCCUCUCCGUGUAUAACCGAACACUACUAGCGGAUGUGGUAGUCUCAGGAUAUGUGCAUGAAACUUACAAAGAUACCCGGUCGAAAGGAUUGACUUAUAGUGCCAAAAUAGAACUGAUUACCAUUUACAAGGGUCAGGAAUUGGUCGAAAAACUUACCUCCGUGUCAGGGAACACAUUUGUCAUAAGUAAUUUUGGGGAUAAGAAAAUGUGUUAUGCCGACAUCUCGGAAGAUGAAAUCUACAUAUUGUUUCUGACAGUAUACAAGGAAAGACUGUCGGCUAAGUAUGAUGAUAUCUUUGGUGCUGCCACUGAGCUCACGAAACCCAAAGAAGAAGAAAUAUUCAAACAGUUAGGUUGGAAUUUUUGGUCCUCAUGGGAAUCCUGCAGCGCCACCUGUGGCGGGGGAGUCCAGGUCAGGCGACGAGGAUGUAGUGAAUCGUCGUCCUCCUGCAAUCACACGGUGUCAGAGAGAAGGUUCUGCAAUGAAUUCUCCUGCAAAGGAACAACAAAUGUAUUGGAAGCGCUAGGACUCCUGCAACUCCCACACGGAGUCUCCGUAGAAUCCAACAGGACCUCGGCUUACAUUGUAAGCAGCGAAGCCAAUUUAUAUACUCCCCUCUCAGACCUUUACAAACACAGAUUUCCAAAGGAUUUCUCUGUAUUAAUCACUGCCAAACUGAAUUCAUCGUCCGGUGGUUAUCUAUUGACGUUUAGUGAUAUCAUGGGCCAACAGAAAAUGGCCAUAAAGUAUGGCAACAGACUUACCUUGGAAUACUAUGAUCAAAACGGACUACCUGGGCCUAAAUCUCCCGGAUUUAUGGAGAAUCUCAGCGAUUCCGCCUGGCACCAGUUUGCCUUUAGUCUAGAAAAUCAACAAGUGACUUUGUUUAUUGAUUGUGAGAAAGUGGGAUCCCAUUUCUUUGGGAGGACUAAGGAUCCAUUUGUUGGGGUCAACUUAAUGCUUGCUCUGGGUCCCUAUUUCGCCAGAUACGGUGUUCCGUUUCAGGGCUCUGUAGAACAGUUAGUCAUUGUCCAGGAUCCAAAUGCAGCAGCACAACAGUGUUCAAGUAAAUUACAGAAUGGAGAAAACUCAUAUGGUAGUGAACAAGCCGUGAAGGACGACAGUCAGGUCGGCAGGGUACAGAAAUUGACACAGUCCGAGCAAUCCAAACCAGAAAACACCACAGGCAAGGCACUUCUUAGAAAUGUGUCCACUGCAGCAUAUAAUACUCAAGAAAAACAAUAUGAUGUUGAUUGGUCGGAAUGGUCGACAUGUAGCGCCUCCUGUGGGAUGGGAUUUCAGUCCCGAACCCGGUACUGUGGCAACAAUGACAUCGAAAAUUGCCUGCAAAAGGAAAAUCAACUUAUUCAGACAAGACCUUGUGCGGGAAAGACCUGCUUUGAAUGUCCCACAGAAUGUUAUAACGGGGGUUCGUGUAGAAGAGACGGAAGUUGUGAGUGUCGGAAAGGUUAUAAAGGAAAACGGUGCCAAAAAGCCAUUUGCAAAAAGCGGUGUAAAAAUGGUGGAAAAUGCAUUCGUCCGGGGGUUUGUGCCUGUCCUCGAGGCUAUUUACAACCAACCUGUAAGGUUGGGUGUAAGAUUAAGUGUCAAAAUGGCGGUCAGUGUUUGAAAAGAAAUAAGUGCAAGUGCAAGAAGGGAUUCACAGGAAAACAUUGUUCCAUACCGAUUUGUCGGCGUGGGUGCGGUGCUGGUGGGAAAUGUAUUGCUCCAAAUAAGUGUUCUUGUCGAAAGGACUACAAAGGGAGACGAUGCCAGAAAGCAAUUUGCAAACCUAAGUGCAAAAAUGGCGGAAACUGUAUAUUUCCAAAUGUCUGCAAGUGCAAAGCGGGAUUCUAUGGACCCCAUUGCGAGCAAUAUAAGUGCAAGAGAAGGUGCAAAAAUGGCGGGUUUUGCAUCGGUCCAAAUAAAUGUAGCUGUCCACCAGGAUACUCAGGGAAAUGGUGUCAUAUAGGGCGAUGUAACCACCCUUGCCUAAAUGGUGGAAAAUGUAGAAACAAUAAAUGCCGAUGUGCUGCAGGAUGGAAGGGCAAACGAUGCACGAUUAGAGGUUGUAGUUAUAAGCUCUACACAGUUCCAUAUGACAGAUCUUACAAGCGAAUGGUGAGGGAAGAAUACACCACCAAAUGUGGGCCAUGGAGCUGGAAAUCUUGUGUCAAAACCAGAAUUCGAUAUGAAAUUGUAACAAAAACAAUGUACAGAUCAGCAUACCAAUGUGUCUGAAAGAACAAGAUGUCGGAGUGAUACCGAGAGCUUACAGAUUGAGUUGUCCUAUUCAGACAUCACCUAAAGCUGAAAAUAUUCAACAAGUGCUAAGGAGUCUGGGUUUUCCAUUAUAUCUACACAUUGUUUGAGAUGACAUUUGACGGCUGGCUGUGAAGAUAUUCAACUAACUUUAAGCAUUUGCUUGUUCGUCAGUAUUUGAUGAAAACAACAUUUUAUAAAUCUCUAUUGCACGGCUGGAACCGUGAAGACAGAAGAGACAGAGUUUACCUAUGUUUGCAAUACUGAUAUCCUCAUCCUUGAAAUACCUCAGUCCAUUUUGUUCACUUACAUUCCAUGACAUGCACAUGAAGAGGCAAAUAAUGACUCAUGCUACAAAGAAUGUUCAAGGUUGAAACACUCCAGUCCCCUAUGAUGAAGACUAUCUGAAUGAAUACAUGUAUAUUCAGUAUUUCAUUCAGAUUGAAAGUUUUUCUAAAUAUCAAUACAUGUAAAUGAUGUUUUAGCCAUAACUGUGCAUGCAUCCCCCUCUACACUUAUAAUUUAUUCUUUGAAUAAUCAUGCAUAUUCAUUAAAAUCAUAAAAUAGUU